UAAGAUGUCUUGGUAUAACUACAUUUAAAUGUGUUUGGAAGCAAUGCCUUCCACACAUUAAGAUAAUGACGGCAAAAGAUGACGUUUGUCAUAAGUGCGAGAUAAUAAGGAAACGGGUGGCUGAUGCUAUAAAUGAGAUGGACAAACUUGAGGCAGCAAACGAUUUACGAGAACAUAUACAGGACGCACAGAGAGAGCGACAGGUUUAUAGACAGACAAUAGAGGAGGCUCGUGAGGAAAUGAGGCACACAUCAGUCACAGUCAAUCGACCUGCCCAGCCAUGCACUAGUGAUUUAUCAAAAGUGCACUAUACUUUCGACUAUUCUCAAAAUGUGACAAUACCACAUCAUAGUCAACAAAUGGGCCCUUUGUAUUUUGUUACUGGCAGGAAAAUACAAAUUUUUGGCGUCCGUGUUGAUUCUGUGUCACAACAAUAUAAUUAUCUUAUAGACGAGGAUGAAUCGAUUGGUGCUGAUGGUACAGGGACACACGGGCCAAACUCAGUUAUAAGUAUGCUACAUCACUGCCUCGAAAACCAGGGAUUUGGAGAGAAAGCUUGCAUCAUGCACGCUGACAACUGUGGUUCGCAGAAUAAAAAUCGAUUUAUGUUAGCGUAUCUGGCGUGGCGAAUUCAUAUGGGGCUCCAUGAUGAGAUAACACUCCUGAUGGGAAUUCCUGGUCACACAAAGUGUCUUGUGGAUGGAGGAUUUGGACAUAUCAAGAAGCUGUAUAGACGCACGGACUGCGACAGUAUUUCGCAGGUGGCAUCUGUCGUGAGAAAGUCUGCUUCAAGCAAUUUCCCCGUGCUCUUCCGCAAGGAGGAUGGAUGUCAGAAUUGGACUUGGUAUGACUGGAAGACAUUUUUGCCGCGCUUCUUUUUACCAUUAAGGGUAUACAGCGGUAUCACUAUUUCCGUGUUACGAAAGAAUGCUGUAUACGUGAAAGAGCGCUCAACUGACGUAGAGCAGCAGGUCACAAUCCUAAAGAGAAAUGCUACAGUACCAGAAGAUAUUCUCCCUGCAGUUUUGCUACCGGGUGGACUUUCCCGCGCAAGGCAGCAAUACCUGUACAAAAAUGUACGACCUUUUGUACGUCAGGCGUAUCGUGAUGUGACGUGCCCACCGUUACGGGAAGAAUGA